AAAACUGAAUGUAGGAUUACAACAGAAAUAUUUGGGGGGUACAAUUAUCAAUUUUCUUACACAAACAAGGUUUAGACCCAGUAUAUUUUUGGCCCAACCAAAAAUCCAAUAAGCCCACAAAAAAACCCAAAACCCUAACUGAACACAAUAAAUUGAAGCCACAAACCGAAAGAGAAACCCUAGCUGCAAAUUUUCACUAGCAGAGAGCGAAAAUGAAGUACAAUCCACGAGUCUCCAGCAGCCGCCGCAAGAGCCGCAAGGCUCAUUUCACGGCACCAUCAUCCGUCCGCCGUGUUCUAAUGAGCGCACCUCUUUCCGGCGAUCUCCGAUCCAAAUACAACGUCCGUUCAAUGCCAGUUCGCAAAGACGAUGAAGUUCAAGUUGUUCGUGGACUCUACAAAGGUCGUGAAGGAAAGGUUACUCAAGUUUACCGUCGCAAAUGGGUGAUUCACAUCGAACGUAUCACUAGGGAGAAAGUCAAUGGAUCUACUGUGAAUGUUGGUGUUAAUCCUUCCAAAGUUGUUAUCACUAAGCUCAGAUUGGAUAAGGAUAGGAAAUCUCUUCUUGAUAGGAAGGCCAAGGGUCGUGCUGCUGCUGAUAAGGAGAAGGGAACCAAGUUUGCUACUGAAGAUAUUAUGCAGAAUGUUGAUUAGUUUGUUUGUCUCUUUCAAUCUUUAAUCUUGUGUUUCGUUUUUUAUUUUGAUAUUGUUAAACUAAUAUAUCAAACUUUGAUGAGGAGUUGUUUAAUUUUGGUUAAUUUUGUCUUGUUUUCAUUUUAAGCUUAAUCAAACUUUUUGAUA